CAAACCAAGCUGCAGAGUGGUAGUGGGGAAGACCUGAGAAAAUGGCCUGCUCCAUUGAGAUCCAAGCAGCAUUUAUUCUCUCCUCCUUUGUGACCUUCUUCGUUGGACUCCUCAUCUUAUUCAUAUUCAGGCUAAUCUGGAGGACCAUUAAAAAAUGGCAAAACAUCAAGGGAACAGGAAUUAUCUUGGAACUACUCUUGAGAAAAAGCACCGGUAAUAAACAUUUGAAAAGUCUCCACUUCCAUGGAGUAUUUCGGAAUCGUAUAGAAAUGUUGCUUUCAGCACAGACCUUUGUGGGGCAAGUGUUGAUGAUCCUUGUAUUUGUACUAAGCAUUGGGUCUCUCAUAAUCUAUUUCAUCAACUCUUCUGACCCUGUUGGAAGCUGUUCUUCAUACCAAGACAAAACCAUCCCUAUUGAUUUGACUUUCAGUGUGUUCUUUAGUUUCUAUUUUGGGUUGAGAUUUGUGGCAGCGGAUGACAAGAUCAAGUUUUGGUUGGAGAUGAAUUCAAUUGUAGACAUCUUUACUAUUCCACCAACCUUUAUUUCUUAUUAUUUGAAGAGUAACUGGCUAGGUUUAAGGUUCUUAAGAGCUUUGCGGCUGCUAGAGCUCCCUCAAAUCUUGCAAAUUCUCCAAGCCAUCAGAACCAGCAGUUCAGUGAAGUUUUCCAAACUGUUAUCAAUAGUCCUCAGUACCUGGUUCACUGCUGCAGGAUUCAUUCAUCUGGUGGAAAAUUCUGGUGAUCCCUGGCUCAAAGGUAGAAAUUCACAGAACAUAUCAUAUUUUGAAUCUAUUUACCUGGUCAUGGCAACAACGUCAACUGUUGGCUUUGGAGAUGUGGUAGCCAAGACAUCCCUAGGACGGACCUUCAUCAUGUUUUUCACCCUGGGGAGUUUGAUCCUAUUUGCGAACUAUGUCCCUGAAAUGGUGGAAAUUUUUGCUAACAAGAGGAAAUACACCAGUCCCUAUGAGGUGGUCAAAGGGAAGAAGUUCAUCGUGGUCUGUGGGAACAUUACGGUUGACAGUGUGACAGCUUUCCUACGGAAUUUUCUCCGCCAUAAGUCAGGGCAAAUCAACAUUGAGAUUGUUUUUCUGGGAGAGGUUCCUCCUUCCUUGGAAUUAGAAACAUUAUUUAAGUGCUACAUGGCCUAUACGACUUUUGUUUCUGGAUCUGCACUUAAGUGGGAGGAUCUGAGGCGAGUUGCGGUGGAAUCUGCAGAAGCAUGCCUGAUUAUAGCCAACCCUUUGUGCAGUGAUUCGCAUGCUGAAGACACUUCCAACAUUAUGAGGGUUCUCUCCAUCAAAAACUAUAACCCUAAUACCAGAGUCAUCAUACAGAUACUUCAAUCCCAUAACAAGGUUUUUCUGCCAAAGAUUCCCAGCUGGAACUGGACUACUGGAGACAACAUCAUCUGCUUUGCCGAAUUGAAGCUUGGAUUCAUGGCCCAAGGCUGUCUGGUGCCAGGUUUAUGCACCUUUCUAACGACUCUAUUUAUUGAACAGAACAAAAAGGUUUUUCCUAAACAGCCCUGGCAAAAACAUUUCUUGAAUGGCCUGAAGAACAAAAUCCUGACUCAACGUCUCUCUGAUGACUUUGCUGGAAUGAGUUUUCCUGAAGUUUCCCGGCUCUGCUUUGUGAAGAUGGGACUCAUGCUGAUAGCCAUCGAACACAAAUCCUUGUUUCAUGGUUGCUGUGGUCUGAUGCUAAAUCCACCUGCAGAAGUUAAACUGCGUAAGAACACAUUAGGGUUCUUUAUUGCUGAAUCUUCAAAGGAAGUCAUAAGAGCCGCCUUUUACUGUGCCAAAUGUCACGGUGAUGUCUUCAUUCCUGAGCUAAUUGGAAAAUGUAACUGCAAAACCAAGAUCCAGCGACACUUCCCAGGGACAACACUUCUGGUAAAGAGAGGCAGCAUGAGGGAAUUCUCUGAUUCUACACAGAGUGAUGAUUUGCCAUUCGGACAGGCAAGACUGAUGAGCAACGUGAGCUUCGCCACCAGGGCUUUUCUGUAUGAACCAGAACCGGGUUGUGACCAGCUUGAUGACAGCGGCAUGUUUCACUGGUGCAGAGCAAUUGCUUUGGACAGAGUGAUUCUGAAACGAAUGGACAAGUCAAAACAUGAGUUUCGGAACCAUGUGGUAGCAUGUGUCUUUGGAGAUGCCCACUCAACGCUGAUGGGGCUUCGGAAUUUUGUAAUACCCUUGAGAGCUAGCAGCUAUACCCGGCAGGAGCUGAAGGACAUUGUAUUCAUCGGAUCUUUGGAUUACCUGAAGAGAGAAUGGGUGUUUCUCCGGAAUUUUCCCCAGAUAUACAUUCUUCCUGGAUCUGCACUCUUUCCUGAAGACCUCCGUGCAGCCAACAUAGAGGAAUGUUCCAUGUGCGCCGUUCUAUCCUCCUCAUCCAAGGCAUUGAGCAGCCCAGCUUUGGUAGACACAGAGACCAUCAUGGCUACCCUCAACAUCGGAUCACUGCGGGUUAUCUGCGCUCCCCAUAUGCCUGAAGAACCAUGGACUUCAGAGUGUUUCACCGGAUUUCCUGAGAAACCAAAAUUCCGAAGAAUCCCCAUCCUCACUGAACUGAAAAAUCCUUCCAAUAUCCACUAUAUUGAACAGCUGAGUGGACUGGAUGAAUCAUUCUCAGGAACAAACCUGCAUCUCAGCACAUCCUUUUCCACUGGCACCGUCUUUUCUGGCAGCUUCUUGGAUUCCCUCCUGGCCACAGCCUUCUACAAUUAUCACGUCCUGGAAUUACUUCAGAUGCUGGUGACAGGAGGGAUAAGUUCCCAGCUGGAACACUUUUUGGAUAAGAGUUUCUGUGGGCUGACCCACAGCUGCACUUCGGUUGUGUCUGGAAGAGCGCGGUGUAAGCUGGGGCUUCUGUCCUUAAACCAAACCAUUCUGUCUGACAUUGAACCAAGAAAGACAUUUGGGCAAGUGUUCUGUGGCUCAUUAGAUAAUUUUGGAAUCCUGUGCCUUGGCUUAUACCGCAUGAUAGAUGAAGAGGAGAACAACCCGGAAGAAAAAAGGGGAGUAUGCUACCUUGGAAAGUUUGUGAUUACCCGGCCACCCAAUAACUUUAAGCUACUGCCCUCGGAUCUUGUGUUUUGUGCCAUCCCUUAUGGCACUUCUUGUUACAAAAUGGAUGGUACUUCAUCUCAGAGUCCAUAUGAAAUAAUCAACAUGGUGCCACUGGCAUCAGAGACAGUUACAGAAAUAAAUUAUUCUCCUAUGGUUGACCCAAUUAACCAGACUACAAAACAACCUUUGACUACAUCACUUCAUCAUUUGCAGCCAAAAACUAUUUCCAUCAGUGGUUCUAAGCAAACCGUCUUACCUCACAGCAGUAAAAUGCCACCCCAGCCACGUUUAGGUGAAACUGAAACCGUGAAACAAAAUGAGAAAGGAAAAAUGAAGGAAACCACAGAGGAGAAUGCCCCUGCCUCUUCAAAAUCAAACUAG